CAAUAUUAUGGAACAUAAUAGCAUUUAUGUUUAAAGCGUAUAUAUGUGUCAUUUGCCCUAUUGGGGACCUCGUAUAACUUUACCCCGUUGGGGGCCUCAAGUUUGUUAGCCAAUCAAUGGCUUGGAUAGGCACGCGAUAGCUUGUGUUUUGCACACGUUAGCCUUUUCAUAUACAUGGGAUUCAGUUAAUACAAAUUGUAAAGCGGAUCAAAGUUUUUUCAUUUUGUUCAAAUCGAAGGAUCCAAAUUUAAUUUCUAUAACAACAAGUAAGUUGUAUGACUGUGCGGGUUCGUUAACUUCGGUUACGUAUCUAUUCGCUCGGUUUGAGCUGGUAUUUUCGGUGAACUUCUUACAGUGUUGGCGUUGGAGUGGCGUGCGUUUUGUAAACAAUGACUAAUGGUCAUAUCAUGGAUGUUGUGAUUUUGGGACAUUCCUUCAUCAGGCGAUUGGAUGAAUUCACAAUCAGAAAUAACAUUUCUAAUCUGAAUUUGGAUGCGGGUUCAUAUUCCGUAACAAUGAGGGGUAAAGGAGGUCUACGUUUAUCACAUCUAUCCCAGGAUGCUACAAUACUUAGUUUCCCCUCCGCCAUCCCAGAUAUUUGCUUUAUUCAAAUCGGGGAAAAUGACAUUAAAGUGAAUUCAGACCCUCUUAAGAUUGCCACGGACAUUGUCGCUGUUGCAAAAUUUUUACACGAAGGAGUUGGGGUUAAACAUGUGUUAAUUGGUCAACUGCUGCGUCGUUUACCAUACGUUGCGGGUCAGCGUUUCAAUUCCCAAGUCAUCGCCAUUAAUAACCAUCUACGUGUAAUGACAGAUAAUUUACAGGGGUUGAUAUUUUGGCCCCAUCGAGGAUUUUGGCAGGAUCUGUCUUUCCUCGGACCUGACGGAGUUCACUUAUUAUCAACGCCCUCCAAUUGCCAACCUAUGAGAAAGUUCUUGAGAAGCAUCAGGAAUGCUGUUAUAAUAACAGCUAAAAAACUAAGGCCAGUAUCAUCAUAUUAAAAUUUGAGCAUUAACUCAAAUUUCUAUAGGUCAGAGUCGGCAGCAAUUGUUGACGUUAAUUCUAAGGACCUAUUUAAAUAUAUCAGCUGAUGAUAUAUAUCUGAUACAUUCAUGUAAUGUUUGACUUAAAUCUCAUACUUAACCAUUCAGUAUAAUGUUCACUGGAAUCUCAUAGAGUAUUGAAACAUUCAGUAUAAUGUUCACUUAAAUCUCAUAGAGUAUUGAAACAUUCAGUAUAAUGUUCACUUCAAUCUCAUGAAUUUUAUAUUAUUUGAACAUUCAGUAUAAUGUUCAUCGGGAUCUCAUUUUGAAGCAUUCAGUAUAAUGCUCACUUGAAUCCUAUAUUGAAGCAUUCAGUAUAAUGUUCACUUGAAUCUCAUAGAUUAUUGGAACAUUCAGUAUAAUGCUCUUGGAAAUCUAAUUUGAAGCAUUCAGUAUAAUGCUCACUUAAAUCCUAUAUUGAAGUAUUCAGUAUAAUGUUCACUUGAAUUUCAUAGAUUCUUGAAACAUUCAGUAUAAUGUUCAGGGGAAUCUAAUUUGAAGCAUUCAGUAUAAUGCUCACUUAAAUCCUAUAUUGAAGUAUUCAGUAUAAGGUUCACUUGAAUCUCAUAGAUUAUUGAAACAUUCAGUAUAAUGUUCUUGGAAAUCUAAUUUGAAGCAUUCAGUAUAAUGCUCACUUAAAUCCUAUAUUGAAGUAUUCAGUAUAAUGUUCACUUGAAUUUCAUAGAUUCUUGAAACAUUCAGUAUAAUGUUCAGGGGAAUCUAAUUUGAAGCAUUCAGUAUAAUGCUCACUUAAAUCCUAUAUUGAAGUAUUCAGUAUAAGGUUCACUUGAAUCUCAUAGAUUAUUGAAACAUUCAGUAUAAUGUUCAGGGCAAUCUAACUGGAAGCAUUCAGUAUAAUGCUCACUUAAAUCAUAUAUUGAAGUAUUCAGUAUAAUGUUCACUUGAAUCUCAUAGAUUAUUGAAACAUUCAGUAUAUGUUCAGUUUGUUCACCUAAAUCUCAUUGGAGGCAUACGGUAUAAUGUUGUCUUAAAUCUCACAUUGAAGCAUUCAUAUAUGAUUAUUAGUCUAUCGUCUGAUGCUGCAUUACCCCUGGCAAUCAUACUAAGUUUGUAAACAUUUAGUGUCAUGUUUACUAGUAAAUGCAUGAUACUGUUGAUAUAUGUUACCCUGGUGCUAUCCUCAACCGAGCAGUGCAUUUAAGUGUUAGACAUUUAGUAUGUGUACUUACAUCAACUAUUAAACAUUAAGUAUGUUUACAUGUCAUGUGUAUCACUGAGGUAUACUGCUUUGUGAAUAGUCAGUACAUGUGUACUUGAAGGUCAUUUGAAACUUCGAGUAUAAUGUAUACAUCUAUAAGUAUUAUCAUCUCCCUUGCUCGGUUGCUAUCCUUCUACUAGCAUUGCAUCUUAGCUGGUAAACAUUCAAUAUAAUGUUUACCUAAAUAUAUACUGCAUGCUUGACUUAAAAUCCUGUACAAAUUCUGUAGCAGACAGCUAACAUACAAAGUGUGCAUUAAUGCUGGUGAAUACAUUUCAUGAUGGAUAUUUAGUAGUGUUCAGAAACAUUAAAGCUUUAAUGUUCUAGGAUACCAGACUACUUGUCAUGGACUAUUACACAUUUAAGAGGCAGGUCAAUGGUUGAGGAUAUUAUUCCCUCUGCGGUAAUGUUCAGUAUAAUUUUGCUGAAACUUGACACAUUACAUAUGGGUAAAACAGUUGAGGUCCUUUGGGUAGCACGACCUGGUUUUUUCAUAUAUGUAUGAUAUUAUGUUUUACAUAUAACAUAACCUGCAAAUUUAAGACAUGCUAAAGGAACAUUUUAUACAUUGUUCUAUUGUCCAGUAAAAUAUUUUAUCACUAGAAGUGAAUUCAUGCUGUGUGUGCAUUGGUGAGGAUAUAUAUAAUAUAGCUAAUAAGUGGCAUAUUAAGCUUAUGCUUAAUGAACUCGCUUUAAUGCAACAUUUGUGUGAUACUGCUGUUUAUUUAUGUCCCUUCAUUUUCUACCUUGGACGCAAGUCUCGGUGUUCAUUGCGGAUGAGGCUAGUGCAUAUGUCUAAAAAGGUGUACAUAUUUGUAAGCACAGCAGCUGAUUCUCAUAUAUGGAUGAUGUUAGUUCCGUUUUACAUUAUAUAAUACUACAAACUGUAUGAUGGGUGAUAACACCUAUUCCUCUUCUACAGCACAUCUAAUUAUAUUCGGUGCAGCUUACAAUUUUGCUAAGAUUAAUCAUUUCAUUCUGAUAUUUAUUGAAAUAGUAUUUUCAACAUCAGUUGAUGAUAAUGCUAAUAUGGAUGUCAUAAUUGAAUAUGUUGAGAGCAAAUACUUCAUGCAUAUGUAUUGUAGGGAAAAUGCCAAAGACCCCUGCAAAACGUAAACGUCUGAGAGCAAGGGAAAACAAUGAUGUUCCUGGACCUUCUACAGAACCAGACCAUCAUCCGCUGUCCAGUGUGGUGCCAAUGAUUGACUAUGCGGAGCUGGCAAGACACAUGGUGCAACAGCAAGCAAUCCAAGGACAGGCGGAACAACAGUUGGUUACCGAAAACAAUGUACAGGGGAGCCAGCCAGAAGCUGCAACACCCACAAUGACCUCAGCAACAGUGUCAGGUGGAACCCAUAGUGUGGGGGCUACCAAUGUCCUACCUGGACCACACUCUGUCUCUCCCAUGGACACCCCCAACAUUUCUAAUGUGGGUUCGAUUUUAGAUGUAGUUUUCUCAGACAGCCCGGUUCCAAGCUCCAUAUUUGGAGCAGUAUCCCACCCCGGUUCCGGAACAUUUAUUGCAGAUUUAACUUCAGCAACAGCUCAUAUUCUGACAGCUUCCUUAACACAGGCAUCUCGAGCUGCAUAUAGGCGGUCUUGGGACCUAUUCCUGAAUUACAAACCAGUUACUAACUUACCUUUGCAAGUCUCUGAUGUAUGCAACUUCAUUGGACAUUUAUUUCAAUCCAAUUUGAGUGCAAGCACUAUAUCAUCACACAUAUCUGCUCUGGGCUAUGUCCACAAAUUGUUCAAUUUGCCAGAUCCUUCUCAAGCCUUUGUAGUAAAGAAACUUCUACGUGGUUGUCACAAAUUGGCAGGGACUGUAGACUCAAGGCUACCGAUAACAAAAGAUAUUUUAGCAAAACUUAUUGCGGCUUUGUCUCAUACGGUUGCAGCAAAAGCCAACUGCAUAUUAUUAGAUGCUCUGUUUAAAUUAUGCUUUCAUGCAUUCCUUCGCCUUGGGGAAGUUGUUUCAAAAUCUGCAGGAAGUAGCAGUUUGGUGGUGCAGCGGUCAAAUGUCGCCUUUCAAUUUGAGGGUUCUUUACUGAAAUCAGUGCAGAUAGUUCUACAUCAUUUCAAAAAUCAGAAACAAAACAAUCCUUUUGUCAUUACACUUGAGAGCAGCAUAGAUCCAACAAUGUGCCCUGUUGCAGCUUUGCAUCGCUAUUUAUCACAUUUCAAGCAUUCUUCGGGACCCUUAUUCCAGUUCAUAGGGGGAAACCCUGUUACAUAUUCUUAUGUCUCCACUCAACUCUAUGCCGCUGCAACCUUUGCUGGUCUGAACCCAAAGUUGUACAAAGGUCAUAGUUUUAGAAUAGGUGCUGCUACAUAUGCCACAAGUCUGGGUUAUUCUGAGAAUCUGAUCAAACAAUUAGGCAGAUGGAACUCUAAUGCCUUUCGUCGUUACAUAAGAAUACCUGCUUUCAACCUUUAACUUAUAUUUUUUUUAACUUGGUAGUCAGGGCUCAUUCAGGUUCAGCAACAACCUUUGGCAGGUCAGUGUCUAACUGCUGCUAAAGACUGCAUCACUUGCGUGCAUAUAUCAAUUGAAAAUUUGGGCAGGUCAGUGUCUAACUGCUGCUAAGGACUGUAUCAAUUGACUGUUAUAUCAAUUUUAAGACUUCGAGCAGGUCAGUGUGUAACUGCUGCAAAAAGUUUGGUACUAUGUAAAUAUUUAAACAAAAUAGGUUUUUUGCAAGUUGGUAUCUGUUAUAUUUUCUUUGUAGUAAUUCUUUUUUGCAAGUUGUAGAGAAAAUGUUUUCUGUUUUAUAUGCUACACAUUGGUACUGUAUACAUUGCUAUAUGUGGUUGGUGCAAUAUACCUUACUGACUCACUUAGUUACGCUAUCCUUUUAUACACAAAUAUGUCCAAAGUAUGUCUUGUUAUAUACAAUAUCCUUUAUGUUAUAGCACAGGAAUGUGUCAACUUUGGUAACCAUAUACACUGUUAAUUGCAAUCGGGUCAGUAGUUAACUGUUCAUGUGUGAUAAAUGUUUAUUAACUCUCCACAGUCAAACUAGUUAUUUCUCUCUGCUCACCUUGGAUGGCGCCGAUAUGAUACUGUGUUUCAUAUCUUGUGGCCUUAUUUGUUCGCCAUCUUUUUGCUCUGGGUUUGUUUUGAUGAAUUUUUAUUUGUCAUCUUAUAGCGUAGCAUUAUUUAAGUUAUUUUGUCUUCUUUGGGGGAAAUCAGACUUUGAGUAAUUUAGCUUUGCAGGUACUUUCAUGUAGAAUGUUUAUCUGAUUUCCCCCAAAAUCUUAUGUUGAAGAUUUCUUUCAUCAUUUGGUAUUGUAAUGUUUUGCACACGUUAGCCUUUUCAUAUACAUGGGAUUCAGUGAAUACAAAUUGUAAAGCGGAUCAAAGUUUUUUCAUUUUGUUCAACCCUCCACCACCCCAACUUUCCGUCCUCAACAUGGAGGGUUACUCCGGUGCUAUGCAAUCUUGGUAUAUAGGCUUUUAAUCAUUUGAGUUGGCCUUAUUUGUUCGCCAUCUUUUUGCUCUGGGUUUGUUUUGAUGAAUUUUUAUUUGUCAUCUUAUAGCGUAGCAUUAUUUAAGUUAUUUUGUCUUCUUUGGGGGAAAUCAGACUUUGAGUAAUUUAGCUUUGCAGGUACUUUCAUGUAGAAUGUUUAUCUGAUUUCCCCCAAAAUCUUAUGUUGAAGAUUUCUUUCGUCAUUUGGUAUUGUAAUAAAUGACAAAUUUUCAAUCUCAAUCAUUCUUUGUUCAGAUUUUUUUAUGACAGCAAAAACGAGCGACGGUGAGCAGAGUUUGGGUAAUAGAAACGGAUAAACAUAAAUAAA